AGAGCUUCUGUGAUCAAGCUUCCAGCUGAGAUUUCAGAUUUCGGACGUUCGGAGAUUCAGUGCUGCGACGCUCGACACCAUGGCCGCUCCUGCUGAUGGCGCUGAUGGCGCAGUCGACCAGGCGGCGGCGGCGGCGGGGCAGCAGGACGUCGACUACGACAACAAGGACAAGCUUCUUGCGCCGUCCAGGCGCGCGCUCAAGGCCUUCGACCUCAAGACGGCCAUCUGCUCCGCGACGAGAGACAUGUACCAGUGCGAACAGGUGAGCCACUACGACGUGUCGAGGGUGCUGAGUGCUCUCACCCAGGUGUGCACGAGGGAGCUGCAGGUGCGCCAGGUGGUGCAGAUCCCAGGGCUCGUGAAGAUCACUGCCGUCAAGCACGGCCCGACGCCCGCUCGCUCGCUCGUGAUCAAGGGCCGCCGCGUGAGCAUCGCCUCCCGCGACAAGCACCUGCUGUGCAAGGCGCAGCCGCACAAGGACAUGAAGCGCAUCGCCGAAGUGGACGCGCAGAUCCCAGACGCGGAGGGCGACG